AUGGCACGCUUCGCGACAACCGGCAGUAAUGCGACAUCGCCCCUAUUUGUAAGCAGCAAUUUGUUGUUCACUUGGCACGGCGGAUGCAAGUCCAGUCGCAGCGUAACUCGGAGCGGAGUGGAUGCAGUUGCCCGGUUGAUGUUCGUCCGAGAGUUCCGCUCAGCCGGCGCCGACAUAUCGAUACUAUACUUAGCGCGGCGGUGUUGCUCGUCAUUUUCGUCUAGCAACACUAGACCAACCCCGACCGAAAAAAAAAGAAAAUGCGCUCCCCUAUGUCGUUUACGCGAAAUACUCGCCACGUUGCCCUCGGCGCUGUAUCUGCCGGCGCGCGCCACGUUCGGUCCGCGUGCAUACAUCGCCCCCUUGAAGUGGCACCAUUCGCGCCAAGCGACAAACGCGCGCCGCAAUGGAAUCCAACUAAGCCCUAGCGUUCGAGGCGCGCCGACCGUCGCCGAGGGGUUGCUU